AUGCCGCGAGAUCCCCCACGGGACGGAGCCGGCGGCCGUCUCUCGACAUCGUCGACGCCCUCGUUCGCGACGCCCGCGGCGGCGGCUGGAGUCUCUGGGGAUCCCGAAAAUGCCGGCGAGGCAGCCACCGAGCCGGCCGUGCCUGCGCCGUCGCUGGUCAAGUCACCAUCGCCAACUGCUCCUCAGCGCCCGAGCCUGUUGUCGCGAUUGAGCUUGCCCUUGCAGCUGCCACUGCCCCUCCGGAGUAGAAACCGCAACGUCGUCGACUUCCACAUCCGCUGUGACGAGCCGCACAGGACGUAUGCUGCCGGGGAUUCCGUCCGCGGUGCCGUUGUUCUCGUCGUCGUCAAGCCAUUGCGUAUUACCCACCUCGUCGUCUCGCUGCAUGGCUUUGUCCGAGUCCUCAAGGACCCCACGUCCGUGGCGAAGGCGCAGAGCGUCACCACUCUGCCCCCGCCUGGCAGCUCACGGCGGCCACAGUACCAGGGCAAUGGAUUGAUUAGUCUGUUUCAAGACGAGCAGGUUCUUAGCGGUGAGGGGAGGAUAGAGCCGGGCAAAUAUGAGUUUGGCUUCGAUUUGAUAUUCCCGGACAAGGGCCUGCCUAGCAGCAUUGACUUCGAGCGGGGAACUAUUUCAUACUCCAUUACCGCCACAAUAACAAGACCCACGACCAUCGCGCCGACAUCAACCUGUGAGAGAAAGGUUACUCUUGUUCAGCAAAUAGACGUCGGGUUGCUUGCACCGCCGCGGUCGAGAACCAUUUUCCUAGAGCCCAUCUCUAAACGGACCCGAAGAAAAAAGCCUGCCGUCAAUGACAAGCCAUCUGGCUCUGCUUCCGUCGAUAUCAAUGAUGUUGCUUCCGAAGCCGACUCAUCCGUCAUCACGGAGGAUUCUACCCGCGGUGAUAACUCUCACAGUUCGCCAAUUGAGACGCGCACAGGAUCUGCUCCAAGCGAUAUGCAUAGCGAAAUCAGCGGCGAGAGUGGCCGGAGCGUCAGCACCGCCAGUAGGGCCGAGUUCACCCAGUUAUCACACGUGGGCUCGACACUUACGUCCGCAGCAAAGCAACAGGUUGUGGAUGACAAGACGAUUACAGCGACUGUCGAGUUGCUCAAGGGCGGCUGCCUUCCUGGUGACACUGUCUCCGUGAGAGUUACGGUGCAACACAUCAAGAGGGUAAAGAGCAUGACUGGUGUCAUUGCGACUCUGUUUCGGCAGGGGAGGAUUGAUACAAACCCACCGCCAUCAUUGGUCGCCCAAGGCGUCCACUUCGCAAGGAAGCUACACAAAGACGACCCAUAUCCAAAGUCACGAACUGGGUUGGCAGGGCUGUCAUUAUCAUCAAGCGGCUCAACGAGCGUGUUUCGCAAGGACUUGGACCAGAAUGCCGCACCGCUCAUCAUCGACCCUCAAACGCUGCAGGCUUCUGUCACCGUCUCCGUGAGGGUGCCUGACGAUGCUUUCCCAACAAUCAAGGCUGUGCCAGGUGAUAUGAUCAGCUUCAAGUAUCAAGUUGAAGUGAUUGUCGACCUGGGAGGCAGGCUGUCGACUCAGCUAGGGGCUGGUGGUUCGAAAUCAAGAUUUGGCGCGUCCAGUGGUGGCAAUACAGAGUCAAAUCAAGGCUCAUUCGGCCCUCAGAGGGGCUCCAACAUUGCAGAUACCUCGCAGGUCAGACGUGAAAAAGGCAUCAUAUCGUUGUCGUUUGAAACCGUGGUGGGGACUACCGACAGCUCCAAAGCACGACCAGCUGCGAAGCCAGUCGCCAAAACAAGAACCAUUCGAAUUGCGGAGGAAGCCGACGAGGACGAAAGUAUCCAGCCUGAAACCCCAUCCCAUAAUUGCCCUCACCAUCCACUCAACUCAAUACUUGCCAAUGGGCAAUCACACCUAUCGCCACCUAAUACCCAACUCGACUACACCACCCCGCCUCCGCAUCCCGCCGAUGUCCACCAGCAAUCCUCCUUGGCUACGGCGGGUUCAUCACGAGACAUUCAAGUAAAUGGCCAUCGCCCGCAGGCCGCCCCGUCCUAUAUCCCGCCGCCUCAGAUGCCUGAUCAGACCAACAUGUCCGAGAAGGACAGAAUACGACAAGCUGAAACGAGGCUAUUACCAAGUCAACCGCUAGCAGGACCUUCAACACCAGGGGAAGACGACGAUAUUUACGACGCAGAAGACACGCCUCGUGCGGCAUCCUCUGGCCCCAUUGUCCCGACCACGGACGAAGCCGAAGCUGCUCCAUCCGCACCCACAGAGGACGAAGUAACCGCUGGCCACCCGACGGAGGACAAGCAAGAGCUCGAGCGUCGAAGGCUAAUGGAAGAAGCUAGCGCGCCACCAGAGUUUCCAGAUGACAUGGAGCGACCGAGAGGUAGCUCGUCAGCAGAUGCUGCCAACGAAGCCACAGCCCCUGAUCUCGAUGAUGCAGAUGAAUAUCCUGGAUAUGGCGUCGGCGCCGGUUCAUCUCGGGACGGUGACUCGCAUAUGGAACAAUUACCGGCGUAUCACAGAUGA